CUAGUGGCAUCCAGAAAAGCGCAUGCCGCUGCCGUGCGAGGCAACGAAUUUUUGCUGAUUGUCUACUUUUCCCAUUUCCCCCCAGCGUACAGGUGGUGUCGACAGGCAUUGCUGAUUUCUUCCAUUCCUAGAUCGGAGUGUUGCACAUACAGACAAAUCCUUCUUUGGUUUCUCUAGCUCUACACUGCUGCGAUCCCUAAGGGUUCCAAUCGUCCUCCGACUCGAUCCGCCGUUCUUAGACCCUGCCAACAAAAACACCAGCGAUCAUGAGUGUCGUCGGCAUAGAUUUUGGUGCUCAGAGCACAAAGAUUGGUGUCGCGCGGAACAAGGGUAUAGAUAUUAUCACAAAUGAGACCUCCAAUCGACAGACACCAUCACUUGUCGGCUUUGGUCCCAAGAGCAGAUACCUGGGCGAGGCUGCGAAGACCCAAGAGAUUUCAAACCUCAAGAACACCGUCUCCUCGCUGAAGCGCCUCGCUGGCCGAACGAUCAAUGACCCUGAAGUCGCCAUCGAACAGCAAUACAUCACAGCUCCCCUCGUUGACGUCAAUGGACAAGUGGGUGCGGAAGUAACAUACCGAGGGGAGAAGCAGAAGUUCAGCGCCGUCCAGCUGAUUGCUAUGUAUCUGGGGAAGAUCCGAGACACCGCAAGUCACGAAUUGAAGCUGCCUGUCGCGGAUGUGGUCCUCAGCUGCCCGCCAUGGUUCACAGACGCUCAGCGGAGAGCCAUGUCCGAUGCCGCUGAUGUCGCUAGCCUGAAACUUCUCCGACUCAUCAAUGAUAACACCGCCAUCGCACUUGGAUACGGUAUCACCAAGUCGGACCUUCCAGAAGGUGACGCCAAACCUCGUCGGGUGUGCUUUAUCGACAUUGGCUACAGCGACUAUACCUGCUCCAUCGUCGAAUUCCGCAAGGGUGAGCUUGCCGUCAAAGCCACCACUUUCGAUAGACAUUUCGGUGGUCGAAACAUUGACAAGACUCUGGUUGACCAUUUUGCUGCCGAGUUCAAAGAGAAGUUCAAGCUUGACAUCACAACCAAUGCGAAGGCCACAACUCGUGUUGCAGCUGCGGCUGAGAAGCUCAAGAAGAUCCUGUCUGCCAAUGCUCAAGCACCUCUCAGCAUCGAAUCUCUGAUGGAUGACAAGGACGUCCGAGCCAUGCUGAAACGCGAGGAACUCGAAGAGCUCAUCAAACCCCUUCUCGACCGCGUCACUGGACCGCUUGAGCAAGCCCUCGCAGAAGCCAAGCUGAAGGUUGACGAUAUUGACGCCAUCGAGAUGGUGGGUGGUUGCACACGUGUGCCUUCCAUCAAAGAGCGAAUCAGCCAAUUUUUUGGCAAGCAGUUGUCAUUCACUCUCAACCAAGACGAAGCCAUUGCUCGUGGCUGUGCCUUCGCCUGUGCUAUUCUUUCUCCCGUCUUCCGAGUCCGAGACUUCUCGGUUCACGAUAUUGUCACCUACCCCGUCGAGUUUAUUUGGGAGCAAUCCCCCGACAUUCCAGAUGAGGACACCAGCUUGACCGUCUUUAACAAAGGCAAUGUCAUGCCAUCCACCAAGAUCCUCACUUUCUACCGCAAGCAGCCUUUUGAUCUCGAGGCUCGAUAUGCCAAGCCGGAACUGCUGCCAGGCAAGGUCAACCCGUGGAUCGGACGCUUCUCAGUCAAGGGAGUCAAGGCUGACGAGAAGGACGACUUCAUGAUCUGUAAACUCAAGGCACGACUCAACCUCCACGGAAUCCUUAACCUCGAGAGUGGCUACUAUGUGGAAGACGUCGAGGUUGAAGAGCCCGAGCCAGAGAAGCCCAAGGAUCCUGAUGCCAUGGAAACCGACCAGGCCAAUGGAUCUGCUGAAGCCAAGCCGAAGAUGCGCAAGGUCAAGAAGCAAGUGCGCAAAGGAGAUUUGCAAAUUGUUGCCGGUACUUCGUCCAUGAGCGACGCAGACAAAGCUGCCGAUGCCGAAAAGGAGAACGCCAUGUACAUGGAGGAUAAGCUUGUCACCGACACUGAAGACAAGAAGAACGAACUUGAGGCAUUUAUCUAUGAGCUUCGUGGUAAGCUUGACGACGUCUAUGCCGAGUUUGCCAGCCAGGAAGAGAAGGACAAGAUCCGAGACAAACUCGAAAAGUCUGAGGUAAGCAUAAUCACUCAUCGCUUCUAAGGCCAUAUACUAACCUCCCGUAGGAUUGGUUGUACGACGAGGGCGAGGAUGCCACGAAAGCGCAGUAUGUCGCCAAGAUGGACGAGAUCCGAUUCGUUGCCGGACCUGUGAUUCAGAGAUACAAUGACAAGAUCGAAGAAGAACGACAAGCGCUGCUUAAAGCUCAAGAAGAAGCAGCUGCUAAGAAACGAGCAGAGGCUGAAGCCAAGAAGAAGGCUGAGGAAGAGGCUAAGAAGGCCGAAGAAGCCAAGAAGCCUGCAGCUGAGAGUGCCCCAGACACCGAGAUGAAGGACGCUGAUGGCGAGGCCAUCAAGCCAGACAGUGUAGAAGAGAAGUAAGAGGCCUUCAGCUCUGGCAACGAAAUGGGGCCAUGGGUGGUUAUCAUACCUCUGCCUAUGAACUUACAGGAUUUAUGGAUCGACGUGGCAUGCAUAGCGAAUGGAUACCUUUUCGGGCGUCGGAGAGGCCAAUAAAUAGAUAGCGAAUGUUGUCGUUUUACCUUGGUCAUGGUGUUUUGGUAGGGUUUGACGACCAAGAAAAGAUACCUCCCCCAAAGUGAAUACAUAGAUCAAUGAAUUGAUGGAAUGCAAACCUUCAAAAGGAGAA